AUGGUCUGCGUUAAUGCAAAUCCUUUUACGGGGCAUCAGUUUGAUAUUCCUGGUAAAUGCAAUCGCUAUUGUAGACGUAGUCGUGAGGGCGAUUGGAUGGUCAUUGACCAUACUAUUGACUGGGACUUGUUCACUUGGAUUGAAGAUGUAGCUGUUUUCGAGGGUAAAGCAUAUGUUGCAACUGGAGAUGCUAGAAUUGGGACGUUAAAUCUGCUAGAUUCUCAACCUCAUGUAAGAAUGCUGGAAGACGGAAUGGGUGCUUGGGGCUUGGGCAAUCAAGCGUUGUUCUUGGGUGACGGUGAUAAGUCUUGUGGACUAAGCAACCCGGGCAAAAGAAUAAGUGAAAUAUCAGAUGUAGUUUUGGCCUAUGGACCGGGAAGCUCCACUUGCGAUUGCAUUCCUUGGAUGGUAGAGUUGAGUCUACACCAGAUAUCCUGGAAAACAAAAGGCCAAGUGUUUCUUCUUUGGGUGCAUAUCUUUGGUUCUUUCCAGGCCAGGCUUUCAAUCAACAAUGUAUCUUUUGAAUUAUCAGUUAGAGUUUACUCAUACAAGUGGGUAUGCUCUUGA